AUGCGAGGAAAUGCAUAACUCUGAUAUAUAAAGCGAAUGUAAAAACGUAGGCAUACUUCACAAUUUUGAAUUUGUUUACCUUGCUGGUUUUCUUCGAAGACGUGGAAAACUAAAAUGAAGCUCGUGUGUGCCACAUUUUUCCUUCUGGCCUGUUUGGCUGUUGCGUCCGCUCGUUUAUGCGAAACCGAAAAUGAUUGUAGAGAGGGAGAAUGCUGUGCUGCAAUUUUAGGCAUUCAGGUCUAUAAUAGAGGAAUCUGUCUAAGGCUGAACAGAGAAGGUAGGAGAUGCAGGGAACCUGAAUCCAAAUUGGAGUAUUUCGGCGGAAAAUUCAUGGGAUACUGUCCUUGCCAAGAAGGUCUGUCUUGUGAACCCAACCCACCAAGAGGAAAUAGAGAUCCACCAAGAUUUCGAUUAACAUUUACAUGUCAGGGAACAACUUCCACUUCCAGUCCAGGAACAACAUCCACCAUCAGUCCAGGAACAACAUCCACAACCAGUCCAGGAACAACUUCCACUACCAAUCUAGAAACAACAGCACCUACGACGGGAACAAGCACUACCGAAAUACCAACAACGGAUUGAGAAACAACAUGUGGAGAAAUAAUAUUUUAAGAUUAAUGCUUCGUAAUACCAGCUAGAGACACCAAUUAAUAGAAUCGGGCACGGCGGUGAAAGAGAAAGAGCUACUCAUGGAAAUGGACCUAAACUAUAAAUUUCUUUAUGGAAAUAGCCAAAAGGGAACGAUUCUUGUGCUGCAAAAUUAAUAUCUCUUCUCUUGGAUAUAACUCUUAAAAUGAAAUAGAACUUAUGAUGAAUUGUAGUAAUGAAUUCAAAUUCGAAAUUAUCGAAAAUGAUAAACUAAGAAAGCAAACUA